AUGCAAGUCACCUUCGCCCUGUCAAAUUUGACGGGACGAGCAAAGACUUGGGCCUUAGGGCUCAAGCCUUACGACCCUAACGUGUUUGAGUCGUUGGAGAUCUUGAAGUAUUGGCUCAAAGAGGCGUUUGAGCCGCCGAGAGCCGAAUUCAGAGCACGCUCUGCACUCUUGAGGCUAAAGCAAGGUAAGCGUGACGUGCAAGCUUACGCACAGCACCUGCGCUACCUUGCGAGUAGCUUCAUGAAAAACCCUGUUGAUGAGCACACGAUCAUCAACGUUUUCAUCUACGGCCUUGUGGACUGGCCGGUGAAGACAUACAUGUUCCAAGAGGACUUCCAUACACUGGAAAGGGCGAUAGCGUAUGCGGAACAAGAAGACUUCAGCCUAAUACAGUCUUAG